AGGGAACAGUCUCUCUGAUGUUCUUCAGCUGUUGGAGGUUGAUCUAUUUUCUUGCCUCUUCGUAAUGAAUUAUUGGAACCCACAUGACAAAUGAGUAAAUUUCUCCAGUCUCAGCUGGAAGUCUGAAAAGAUGCAGCGAAGACGGAGUUCUAAGACCCCAAAGCAGCCUCUGCAAGUUCUUCACCAUAAAACUCAAACAGAUCUCUCUGCAUGGCGAAAAGGAGGGAGAAUUGACCCUGAAAAAAGUGUGCAGAAUCAUCAGUCUCUUAAUGAUCAGAAAAAUGACAGCAAGCAAGACUCCCUUGAGGAAGCUUUGAGCUACUUUGAGACAGUUCAAGACCGUGUUUCACUGAAAAAGAACAGUGUUCUACAGAAACACUUGACUACUGUGGAGAGCAUUGCCCUGCAAAGAGGGUUACCCCCUGAAGGAUUUGAUGUAUUGCUAAAUGUGGCACUCAGUGGCAAACUUGCUGAUACAGUGAAUACUCGUUUACUGAAGAGCCUGGUUCCAGCCUCAGUAAUACCAGAAACUUCUGUGGUUUCAUCUGUAUCUUGGCUCUGUGUCAGCAAAUGCUCAGGCAACAUCCAGCUACUUUUUUUAAGGUGGCUGAUCACAAUGUUUGACUUCAUUGAUCACAAGGAACAACUUCAUGCCCUCUAUGGUUUCUUCUUUUCCUUCCUGCAAGAUGAGAAGAUGUGCCCCUAUGUCUGCCACCUGCUCUACCUGCUGACCAGGAAAGAAAGUGUCAAGCCUUUUCGGAUUAGGAGACUGAUUGACCUCCAAGCAAAAAUGGGAAUGCAGUCUCAUCUGCAGGCUCUGCUAUCACUUUACAAACUCUUCUGUCCUGAGCUGGUAACCAUAACACUUCCUGGGAAAAUGAAGACUUACUUCAAGAAUUCGGAGGGCCCAUGGAAAGCAGCAAUUAACACAGUAAGGCGAAGAAACCAGAACUCUCCAGUGUCUCAGCCACUGUUUUUAGGCACAGCUCAACCUCAGUCACGAAAAAGGAAGUGGAAUACCCAGUUGAUUAUACCUGUAAGGAGUAAAACCAAAAAUAAUUUAGAAGAGGACAGGGAAAAGAACCGUAUUGAUUUGUACAGUACAAAUGAGUCUUUUCCAGUGGAGCAGCUGCAGACUUUUUCUCAGCUCCUACAAAAUAUUCACCAUCUAGAGUUUCCUUCCCAGAUGGGUUCAGUCCUAACAAACCCUUUAUUGCUUCACUACAUGAAUUGCAUCAAAGAUGAAUCUAUUUACCUGAGGCUCUACUAUUGGAUGGGCCAGACUCUUCAGGAAGAAUGCACCUGGUGUGUGGCUGAUAAUAACCAGUAUGAAGAAGAAUUCAAGGACUUCCUGGAAACUGUCUACAAGACAGAGUGUUUCUUGCAGGAGGGAUUUUCUUCCUGUGAAGAGUUCCUGUAUAAGAGCCUUCCUCUCUGGGAUGGCUUCUGUUGUCGAUCACAAAUACUCAGACUUGUGAGCUGGAUCCCCCUCAGCAACUUCUCUGAAAUGAAGUCACAUCUCUAUGAUCCCCUGGCACAGCUCUUUUUCACAUCGUCCCUUUACUUUAAGUGCAGUGUUCUUGAGAGCCUGAAAGAGCUGUUGCUGAACUGGUUAAAUUGGCACGUGAUUCAUCUGGAUUCAGAGUCUGACUCUCAAGUCCAUUCUUUGAAUACCACCCUGUCUGGACUAGUGAAUGUGGUGGCUGAACUGAUCCACUUUGUUGGGUGGAUCUCUACUGUUGCAUUGCGUUUGGAAAACAAUCCUACUUUCUUGCUGUACUUCAUCCUGGAUUUCUAUGAGACUGUGUGUGACAUGUAUCUGAGGUACAAUCUGCCUUUGCUGAUAAUGCCUCCUGCUGGAGUAUUCUACCCAGCGCUUCUCAGCAUGGAUUCUGUGAGCUUGAAUCAGCUUUGCUACAUUAUGUACAG